UUGUUCGAUGAAAAUUAACAAUAUAACCUUAAAGUUAGAUAUCGUAUAUUAAAGUAUCACGUGGGAGUGAUUAGAAAUAAAUUUUUGAAGUUUUUUUAUUAUAAAUGCUAUUUCAAAAUAGUGUGAUUAUAUUAAAGUAUUAAUUUUUAAUUUAUAAAUUAAAUAUAAUCAUUCGAGUCUCGAUUGAUAAAGUUAGCGUGAUGGUAAAAAUGAAUAUAUAUUAAAAGUUUGAAAAUUAAAUGUUAUUACAAAAAUAUUGUAUAAAAAAUGAGUGAUUCUGAAAAAGAGGAUGCUCCCAAGACAACGGGUCCAGUGGACAAUGCCUGGUCGUUAGAAAUUCCAUCUUUUAAACCUGAGGACAAUCCUAACCGUUUACUUCAAGAAAGUUCAUUUGCAACUUUGUUCCCGAAAUACAGAGAACAAUAUUUAAAAGAACAUUGGCCAUUGAUUCAGAAAGCUUUAGACGAGUAUGCGAUCAAAGCCGAAUUGGAUUUCAUUGAAGGUAGUAUGACUGUGAAAACCACUAGAAAAACAUGGGAUCCAUAUAUUAUAAUUAAAGCUCGUGACAUGAUCAAACUUAUGUCAAGAUCUGUUCCUUUCGAACAAGCAAUUAGAGUACUUCAAGAUGAUAUUAGCUCGGAUAUUAUAAAAAUAUCUUCUUUUGUAAGAAACCGAGAAAAGUUUGUCAAGAGACGUCAAAGGCUUAUAGGACCAAAAGGAUGCACUUUGAAAUCCAUUGAAUUGUUAACAAAUUGUUAUGUUCUUGUACAAGGACAGACAGUGGCUGCAUUAGGUCCUUAUAGAAGUCUCCCUUUAGUUAGACGUAUUGUUGAAGAUACUAUGAAAAAUAUUCAUCCUAUUUAUAACAUUAAAGCAUUGAUGAUUAAGAGAGAACUGGCAAAAGAUCCAAAAUUAAAGAAUGAAAAUUGGGAGAGAUUUUUGCCUAAAUUCAAUAGUAAAAAUAUUAACAAGAGGAAGCAACCAAAGAAUAAGAAAGAGAAAAAACCGUAUACUCCAUUCCCACCUCCUCAACAAGAGAGCAAGAUAGACAAGAUGAUAAGUACAGGAGAAUAUUUUUUGAACGAAGAACAGAAAAGAGCCAAGAAGAAGAGAGAACAAGAUAUCAAGCACCAGGAGGCUGAGAAAAGAAGACAAGAACGUAGGGCACAAGCGUUUGUACCUCCUGAGGAAGCAUCUAAAGAGAAAAAAGAAGAGAAAGAUGAUAUGAACUUAGAUGAAUUUAAGAAGAAAGUUAGUAAUGCAUUGAAAAAACGUAGCGCAAAAUCAUAAUAUUUAAAUCACAUCUUUAAUUGUAAAUUUUCAGAGUCAUUUUUGUAAGAUUAUUCACAUUAUUUGAUAUUUUUAAUCAAAUAAAAUAUUUGCUGGUUA